CAGAAUAAGACUUGACGUUCAGUUCAUCUAACGGCUCGAAAUGGAAACAAAGUGGAUGAUAAUUUUGUUAUCAACAUGCUGGAGUUUCUGUGUUGCUGCAAAUGAGUUCUACUCUUCAACAGAUCAUAUGACUCAGCUUAUUGACAUCAAAAGAGAGUUUACCAAAAGUCUACAUGAACAUACAGAAGCGCUGGAGAGUGAAGCAGACCUUCUGAGAAGGGCUCUGAAUGCACUUGAGGAUAACUUUGAUGACUCUCCCAGAGAUCCAGAGAAGUUCAUCAGCAACCCUCUUGCAGCAUUUCAGCUCGUGAGAAAGCUAAGUCAAGUCGGGGCCGUCGCACGGGAACUUGCUGAAGGAAGACGUGCAAAAGACACUUUGGAGAACCUGAAAUCUACAGCUCAGACUCUUCCCAGUGCAGGAGAUGUAGAAGGUGUUGUGAUGGCUUUGGUUAGACUGCAAGAAAUGUACAGAUUGGAUCCGAGGAACAUCUCGUUAUUUUCAGAAACAAACCACAACAUAAUGCUGGACCCAGAUGAAACUUUCCAUAUCGGCGUGAUCUCAUCGCUCAAUCAGCGCUUUCAGUAUGCCGUGCUCUGGAUGGAGGAAACCCUCAGGAAACUCAGUGAGGGUGAAGAAGCUGCCGUUACUAAAGAGGAGGUUAUUUACCAACUUGCUUUGUUUUCCCAUCAGCUGGCAGUGAUUCAGCUGCCAUAUGGACAAGAGGCCGCUGAGAGUGAUCUAUUUCAGUCUGAGCUUUACACGCGCAUAAUCGAGAGCAUUAAGACCCGGGACUGGACUGCAAAAUACAUCCCGCACUCCACUGACAAAACAUAUGAGGCUCUCUGCACUGGAAAGAGGUUUAUGAUGAUGCCACAGAGAGAGAGGAAGCUGGUGUGCAGGUACAGGACAGGAAGAGGAAACCCACUAAUGAUAUUCAAAGAGGAAGUGGAGUGGGACGAGCCGACGAUACUACGAUACCAUGACUUUCUUUCUGAAGGAGAGAUUGACACCAUUAAAUCACUGGCCAGGCCAAAGCUUUCCAGAGCUAAAGUCAUAGAUCCAGUCUCUGGAAAAAAAGUUUCUGCUGCCACUCGUGUGUCAAAAAGCGCGUGGUUCUCUGAACACGAAGAUCCCGUGAUCACUCGGGUCAAUCAGAGAAUCGCUGCCGUCACUGGUCUAGAUCUGGAGACAGCAGAGGAGCUCCAGGUUGCAAAUUAUGGAAUUGGAGGCCAGUAUGAGCCACAUUAUGACUCAAAGUUGACAAAUGACUCAGACUUUCAGCUCAGAGGAGGCCGGAUUGCUACUGUCCUAAUCUAUAUGAGUGAUGUGGAUAUCGGAGGGGCUACAGUGUUCCCUGACGUCGGUGCAGCACUUCAGCCAAAGAGAGGUACAGCGGUGUUGUGGUUUAACCUGCUGAGAAAUGGAAAUGAAGAUGCCAGAACUUUACAUGCAGCAUGUCCUGUGUUUGUAGGCAGUAAAUGGGUUGCCAACAAGUGGAUUCGUACUCACGGCCAAGAGUUCAGAAGAAAGUGCUCUACAGUCAGAUCUGAUUAG